AUGAGUAAUAAAGAUCCCGAUUACUACAUAUUAAGUCAAUUUGUCGCAGGUAGUGCUGCGAGUAUAUUUCAUACAACUAUAUCUCAUCCCUUUGAGUUUAUCAAGACAACCAGACAGCUUCAUAAUUCUAUUUUGCAUGGAUCAUUAGACCGUGUUUAUCCCGUAAGGGCAUAUUUCACGGGCUGUUCGAUCUUAAACGUUGGAGUUCUCUGUAAGACGUUUGUUAGAUUCUAUACUUUCGAUAAAGUAUGCCAGCUGUUAAAGGACCCCAAUCUACCCAGAGACAGGCCAAUCACUGGCUCAAGGAUGUUAGCUGCUGCUAUACUUACUGGGACAAUGGAAAGUUUAUGCAUAGUGCCGUUCGAAAAUGUGAAGACAACAAUGAUUGAGAAUGCAAUGGAAUUGGCCCAUCGCAAAGAUGAAAAAAUAUCAACUGCAAAUGCUUCAAAACAUAAAAGUACUUUCCACAAACCAUCGACUCCAUCCCAAAAGUUAAACCCUUAUGAAACAAUACCGCAAACGAGAAUGUCAAAUACUAUCAAAGAAAUAUAUUCUACUAGGGGUGUAAAAGGUUUUUGUCAAGGUGCUAUGCCGACGAUGUUCAGACAGGUAGGAAAUUCUGCUGUAAGGUUUACUGCUUUCACACUACUCACUCAGGCAGCAUCUGCUAGGUCAAAUGAGCCAAAAAAUGAAUAUCUUUCCAUCGGAAUUGGUAUUAUAUCAUCUGUCGCAGUUGUGGCAGUUACUCAACCGUUAGAUGUUGUCAAGACAAGAAUGCAAUCAAAGAGGAGACAACAACUAUACAAAAAUUCUUUGAAUUGUUGUUACAGAAUAUUUGUUCAGGAAGGUGUCGCAUCGUUAUGGAAAGGUAGUAUUGCAAGAUUUUUCAAAGUUGGGCUAUCAGGUGGCAUAUCAUUUGGAGUUUACCAAUACUUUGAAAGCUUAGUCAACACAUUGCGACUGGAGUACAAUAGUUGA